UUGAGCUAAUUCGGUACCAGAACGAGGCUGCGCGGCCAGUACAAAUUACGACGCCAUCUUGUUGUUCUCGGUGGUUUGAAGUUUACGAGAUUUCCUCCGUUUCUUCCUCAUUUUAGGGCCAGAACGUUAACCUUCAGCGUCCCGGUAUGGAGAACAUCCCGCCAGGCCACGAGAGGUUUGACUUCCCGCGGCUCACCAUACAGCAGAUCGCGCUGGAGUGUCGUGAGGGCGCGCUGGGACCGGACGCCACCUGGCUCACAGAGGACCACCUGAAAAAACCAGAGGUUGACACCAUACAGAGUGUAUAUGGUAUCAUACUGCAGUUUUCCCUCAGCAUCUCACAGGAGCAGAUCACUCAGGUGCAGUUUGAGGGAACUGAAGAACUGGAGCACAAAGACAUCCAUGAGGAGGCUAUCCCUCAGGUCCACUUCUUCUUUGCCAUGCAACGUUUCAUGGAGUCAUGUGGAGCACAGGACUUCAAAAUUAAGGACAUUCUGGAUCCAAAACCCAAGAGAACAACCAAGUUCCUGAGUGCUGCCAUCAACUUCCUAAAGUUCCGUGAUCAGAGAUUGCAGACUUACGAAUCAAUCAAGGAAGAAAAGGUUGCCGUGCAGGAGGAGUAUGCCAGGCUCCAGAAGAGUAACGACGAGCUUCGGGCAAAAAUCAACCAGAUCAGGGCAGCAAGAGCUGAGCACGAGCCUCAAGUUCGUGAGGUUCAACAGGAGGUUGACAAGCUCAAGGCUGUGAUACAGGAGGGCCAGAGACAUCAGGAGACGCAAUCUUCAGCCAUGGCAGAGAUCGAGAAGACCAUUGAAGGAAGGAGUACAAAAUUGGCCCGGCUGAAGGACGACAUCAAGAGCACUAAAGAGGAGGGGGACAAGCUGCGCUCCAAAAUCGUCCAGUCUCCGGAGAGGAUGAAGGGGGAGAUGGGGCGCAUGGAGAGGAGCAUCAAAACUCUCAAGGUCACCAAGGAACAAAAGGGCCAGAGACUGGUGGAGCUGCAUGAACAGCAGCACAAUAACCAGGCCAUGGGUGAGAACUGUCAGCAGGGCCUGAAACUCAUCUCACUCAUCCAGGCAGAGUGUGACGAACAGAGGAAAGCGAACGGAGCGCUGAUGAAGAUGCGAGACCAGGUGGUGGGUCAGAAGGAGGUACUGCGGGACGUGACGACGCGGGAGAGCCAGCUGAAGCGUCAGCUCGGCUCCAAACAGGAGAAACUGGCCAAGUUCAGCCUGCAGCACCAGAACAAACUCUCUGCAGCCAGGGAGACGUCUGCAGUCACCAGGAAGGAACAGGAGAUGUACCAGCCCUGCAUGCAGGAACUGGAGAGGAACAUCAUGGAAAUUGAGAUGCAGAAGGGCCAGUUGGAAAAACAGCUUGCAGAGAAAGAUGAAAACCACCAGGGUGUGAUGGACACCCUGACAGAAAGAUACAAGGAGCUUCUCAAUUCUCUGGAUCACUAUCACUCCAGAAUUGUUCAAGUUUGGGAGAAAAAUCAGCCCAUGGAAGAAGACUGAGCAAGACUACGAGCCCAUUCAGUGCCUCUUUGAUAAAGCUGAUCAUUAUAGAGUGUUUUUACUUUUAGUUGUAUUUAGCUAUUCUGAAAGAGUUUCUAGUAGAACAUGUAAAUGAGUAGUAUUUCAUGUACAAAGACAGGUAGUAUUUUAACCAAGACUAUGAUAUCUGUAUGUGUGUAUGUUAUACAUGAGUAUGGCAUGCAUGAAAUUAAUCUGUCUUAGGAUGCACUAAAACCUGCUUUUAACUGAAACAUCUGAAAUUUUGUCUUGUUAAAAUUCAUGAUGUUUUUGUUUAUUUUAUGUCUAAUUGUUUGUUUUGUUAUCGUUUACUGUCAACACAUACAAUGUACAUAUGUUUUCCUCACACACAACUGAACAUCAUCUAUGGCAGAUAAGGCUGCAUGUUCUCUUCCUUGUCCUCUAGUGCAUCUUAUACGGUAUAUGGUAUUGGUUCAGCAA